AUGAAGAGGUCAAAACUUGGUUUACUUCUUACAAAUAUUCCAUUGUGGAAUAAGAUGUUCUUGAUUUCAUGUGUGAUUGCAAUCUCAUUAGAUCCUUUGUUCUUUUACAUUCCAAUCAUUGAUGAGGAUAACAAGUGCCUUGGAAAGGACAAAAACUUGAGGAUUGCAGCUCUUCUUUCGCGAUCACUCACGGAUAUCAUUUUCCUGCUACAUUUUGUCUAUGAAGUUUAUGAAGCUAUUAAAACCAGAAACAGUACAUUUACUGUGGUACGAAGAACAACUUGGCAUUCAAAAUCGAAAAUACAAAAGCUAAUUGAAUUUGCUAAGGGAAUACCUCAGAAAAUGUCGUGGUUAUCUCUCUCCAUCGUAAUUGACUUUUUGGCUCUUCUUCCAAUCCCUCAACUGCUAAUACUAGUUGUUUUUUACAAAAUGGGAGGCUCUGGAUAUUUGGAACAUAGGAAGGUUUUGAAUCUCUUCCUUCUCGGUCAAUAUUUACCAAGAAUUUAUCGAAUUCAUCUAUGGUGUAAGGAACUUACAAGGACUACUACCAGAAUAUGGACCACUACUAGAAUAUGGGCUAAAGGUUUACUCAACUUGCUUCUCUACAUUCUUGCCAGUCACGUACUCGGAGCGUUUUGGUAUUUUUUUUCUAUUCAACGAGAGACAUCAUGUUGGCGCCAAGCUUGUGUAAAUUAUAGUGCAAAUCCAAAGGAAUGUAUGAGUGCCUUCUAUUGCGAUGGUCGGAAUACAUCUUCAACAACUAUCACAUUUUUGAAUGAGCGUUGCCCAUUAAAUACUCCAGAUGGUACCGAUGCACCCUUUGAUUUUGGAAUAUUUCUUGAUUCCCUUAAGAAUCAUAACUCGGAGCAUAUACAUUUUGCUAGGAAGUUAUUUUACUCUUUUUGGUGGGGCUUGCGGAAUCUAAGUAACUUUGGCACGAAUCUCACAACAAGUACAUAUAUGUGGGAAAACUUGUUUGCAAUUCUUAUUUCUAUCAUUGGCUUGGUACUGUUUCUAUAUCUCAUUGGAAAUGUGGAGGCAUCUAUGCGGUUGGAAGCUAAAAAAUCAGACGAUAAAACUCAGAAGAUUAGAAUGAAAGAGCUAGAUGUACGAAGCUGGAUAUCCAGAAAUGAAUUACCUUAUGAUUUGAGGAAAGAAAUCAUGAAUAUCAUAAAGCUAAAGUUAGAUGAAAACAAGGACGCCGAUUUGGUGAAUCUAUUCUCUAUUCUUCCUUGGCAUACCAGAAAAUCUCUAAAGCGUUGUCUCUGCAUGAAGACACUAAAAACAGUACCAAUGCUUAAAAAAUUGGAUGAAAAAGUGUUGAAAAUGAUGUGUGACUAUCUGAAGCCAGUGGUGUACAACGAGAAUAGCUUCGUUUUUCGAAUGGGAGACCCACUUGAUUGCAUGCUCUUCAUUGUAGAAGGGACCAUGUGGACCUACUACUCGCCUAGUACUAGCGAUACCAAUACUACCAGUGAAGCUGCUGCUACUUCCCCAUCAUCAAUAUUAAUGACCACCAAGGCCCUUAAGAAGGGUGAGUUUUACGGGGAAGAGCUUCUCAAAUGGGCAUCACCCACUUUCACCACACUUCCAAUCUCCACCCGGCAUGUCAGAAGUCAGAAAAAAGUGGAAGCAUUUGCUCUCAUGGCCGACGACUUGGCAACUGUAGUGUCUAAAUGCCAACUGCAGUGGGACUUAAACAAUUGUGACAAUCCUCAAGAGAUGAAGAUGAUGGCUGUUUCUUCCAUAACAAAAGCAAUCCGUCGUUUCCGCACUAGUAGGCAUCGUUCAACGACGGAAAGAUUGUUAGAUGAAGUUAUCGGGGCAAAGCUACCAAGGGGAAAUCUGACCCAAAAACUUGAACAAAAUAAAGAUGUUCAGGUAGAGAACAUCCUCUCUGUUCUUCCAUUGGUACAUAGCAACUUUAUCAGGCGUUAUCUUCGUUUGGCUACAGUUAAGAAUGUUCGUAUUCUUAAAGCUAUGGAUGAAAAACUGUUGAAAGCAAUCUGUGAACAUCUCGUACCAAUCAACUACAAUGAGAACAAGGAUAUUUUUGGAGAGGGGGACCAACUUGAUAGGAUGCUUUUCAUCAGGCAAGGCAUUGUACGGGCGUAUAGAACAAAUGGCAAAGGUGGAAAGAUUGGUACUUCUAAGCUUCUGGAGAAGGGUGAUUUGUAUGGAGGAGAGCUUCUAAAUUGGGCAUCAAAUCAAAUUACGUCUCAUACUGUCUUACCCAUCUCGACCAGAAAUGUCAAGUCUGUAAGCAAAGUUGAGGCCUUUACACUCACGGCCAGGGACUUGGAGUUGGUAAUCACUAAAUUCUGGUGGUAUUUCACCAAGGACAAGGAGCUCAACCAAUUUAGCGAGCCUCAGUUGAAGCAGCUGAAGAAGCACGCAAUUUCUUCAAUAGAAAGAAAAGUCCAUCGCAUUAAUCAAGCAAAGAUGAAUAAGCAGCAGCAUACACCCCCAUUGGCUGGUGAAUGUAGUAGUGGUAGUAUCAUCUGGCGCCAAAGAGUAAAUGUCAGCAAGCUCAGGGAUCAGGUAUCUUCCCCAAGGAGUCACCUUGGUGCUCCAUGUUAAGGAGAUUCGACGGUGCACAAAAGCUCUCUUGAACCAUCACGAUUCACAAAUGUGAGAUAUUGAGUCCGAACACUUCACGAGGCAACUAGGACAAAACCAAUCAGCAGUGAUGAUUAACAUUGAUUGAUACUACUGUUACUGUAGAAACAUUGAUUAAACAUUUGCAACCAAUAUAUUAUAUACUAAUUAAUGACUACUCUUGGGGAAUAA